GAAGUGGUGGCUACUGUGCGGCUGCGCCGGAAGUGGCGCGGGCCGGGACAAUUCAUGGCGGCUGUGGCGGCUUGGGUGAGGUGCGGUGGUGACUGAGCUGCUAGCCUGGCGGCGGGCGUGCGCCGAGCCGGGCCGGCCACCACGAGCCCUCCCCGGGCUCCGCACCCCUAAUGCUGCGUGGGUGCUGAGCCCGCCCCGGCCGGGACGAUGGUGAAGUAUUUCCUGGGCCAGAGCGUGCUCCGGAGUUCCUGGGACCAAGUGUUCGCUGCCUUCUGGCAGCGGUACCCGAAUCCCUAUAGCAAACAUGUCUUGACGGAAGAUAUAGUACACCGGGAGGUGACCCCUGACCAGAAGCUCCUGUCACGGCGCCUCCUGACCAAGACCAACAGGAUGCCCCGCUGGGCUGAGCGACUGUUUCCUGCCAAUGUUGCUCACUCGGUGUACAUCCUGGAGGACUCUAUUGUGGACCCACAGAAUCAGAUCAUGACCACCUUCACCUGGAACAUCAACCACGCCCGGCUGAUGAUGGUGGAGGAGCGAUGUGUUUACUAUGUGAACUCUGACAACAGCGGCUGGACCGAAAUCCGUCGGGAAGCCUGGGUCUCCUCUAGCUUAUUUGGUGUCUCCAGAGCUGUCCAGGAAUUUGGUCUCGCCCGGUUCAAAAGCAACGUGACCAAGACUAUGAAAGGUUUUGAGUACAUCUUGGCCAAGCUGCAGGGUGAGGCCCCUUCCAAAACACUUGUUGAGACAGCCAAGGAAGCCAAGGAGAAGGCAAAGGAGACAGCACUGGCAGCUACAGAGAAGGCCAAGGACCUAGCCAACAAGGCAGCCACCAAGCAGCAGCAGCAGCAGCAGCAAUUUGUGUAGCCAGCCUGCCACCACCACAGCACACCAGACAACUCCGCUUGACACCCUCUGCCCUGUCCCCAUUGUGCUCUCUUACUAAAAAAUCAACUUCCAGCCCUGUCCACUGUCUGGGUGGGCUGGGGGUGGGUGUCCAGUUUGGCAUCUGCAAUACACCAGGCACGUUAUCCAUGUCUGAGCCUGGCCUGCUAUCCCCUUUUUGGGCAGCUGAGGACAGAGGUGUCAUGACUUGCCCCCAGUCACAGACCAUAUGCAGGUGAAGUGGCAAUAAACACUAGACUGUAAGCUCCACGAGGGCAGGGCUCUUUGUUUUGUUCUCUGAUGUGUCCCAAGUACCUGGAACAGUAUCUAGCACAUAAUAGGUACUCAAUAAAUAUUUGUUGAAUUCA